UUAUAAUUUGUUUUGUUUUUCUUCUUUCAUUGCAGCCAUGUUCAAAUCCGUACUUAUUGUCUCGUGCCUUUUAGUGGCUGCCGUACGCAGCGAGGAUCUUAAAGUUGAUGUGGUCAGCGUACCAGAAGUUUGUGAACAAAAAUCCAAAGUUGGUGAUACGCUCACCAUGCACUACACCGGCACAUUGACUGAUGGCAAAAAAUUCGAUUCUAGUUUGGAUCGUGACCAACCAUUUACCUUCCAAUUGGGUGCUGGGCAAGUUAUUAAGGGCUGGGACCAAGGUUUAGUUGAUAUGUGUGUUGGUGAAAAACGUAAACUUACCAUUCCACCAGAGUUGGGCUAUGGCGAUCGCGGUGCUGGCAAUGUUAUCCCACCCAAGGCUACUUUGAUCUUCGAUGUUGAACUCAUCAACAUUAGCAACAGCCCACCAACCACUAAUGUCUUCAAGGAAAUCGAUGAAAAUGGUGACAAGCAAUUGAGCCGCGAAGAGGUAAACCAAUAUGUCAGUGAAUACUUGAAGAAACAAAUGACCGCCGUUGAAGGUCAAGAUUCGGAGGAAUUGAAGAAUAUGUUGAAGGAAAACGACAAAUUAGUUGAAGAAAUCUUCCAACACGAAGACAAGGACAAGAAUGGUUUCAUUUCCCACGAUGAGUUCUCUGGACCCAAACACGAUGAACUGUAAG